AUGUUGACAACCGAACAACGGUCGUCCACGUACCUCGUGCCCGGAGAACGGCAUGGCGCGUCCGUAGUAUCAAGACAUGGCGGCCGCGGAAAACGGUCGGACGGAGGUGAACGCGGCAGACUUCUCUCCUCUAGACUUUGGCGGACGUCGGCGAGUGACAACAGCGUCGGUAACCGGCGAUUAUCGUCGUCGGUAAUAACGCCGUUGCGUCCGGCAGCAUCGCAUUCGCGCGCACAAGAACGAACCGAUCUAAUCGACGACGGCGGCGGCGACCCGUUCACGUUUACGAUCGUUCUCAAUGGACACCGACGAGCUGCGGCUGUGGCACGUUCAAAACGACACGAAACGACGGCGGCGGCGUCGUCAUCUUACAACUUUCCCCGAGUAGCAGACCAUAUUGUUUCACGGCGCACGACAAAACAAAAACACAACGGAUCGGCGAAAAACAAUAAACACGACACGCACGCGACUUGGCAAAAAAAUUAUUUACACUAA